GGGGCGCCGCCGUCGUGGCCUGGCCUGGCGGGGAGCCUCGCGGUGUGCCUGGACACGGGGGCGCGGCGCCACGGCGCCCCCCGCGGAGUCGCACUGCGGGGUCUCCCCGCCCGGACCUCGGGGGCCGCCCGCCGAGCCCGCCAGGACCGGGGGGUCGCGCACUUGUGACUUUGCGUCGCGGCCAGGCUGGCGGCUUCCCGGCAGUCGGCUCCCCACGAAUCUCGGGGCCCUCAGCGAGCGCCUCCGUGUUUUAAAAAAAAUAUUAUUUUAAUUUAAUUUUUUUUUUUUUUUGGCUCAUGCCGCCCUGGCCACACGCAGGCCCGGCGUGAGCUCCGGCCCCGUGAGUUCUCUCCCUGGCCCUGGUUCUCAUUUACUUUUUUAGUGUUUUGUGUCGUCGGGGAUGGAACCCAGGGUCUCGCCUGCCUGCGUGAGGCCCGCGCUCUAUUGCUGAACCCCUCCCCUGCUCCAUUAGAUAUUGGCGCCACAAGCUUACUCCUGGCUCUGUGCUCAGGGAUAGCUCCCGGGGUGGCUGGGGGGAUCGUAUGGGGUUCCAGGGAUUGAACACGGGCCUGCCGUGUGCAAGACCUUAGCAUGUAGUAUCUCUGUCCUUGGCCCCUUUUAUUUACUGAAUGUCCCACUCUGUUUUUAAGAUCAGUUUUAGUUUUUUUCCCCUGUGUUUUGGGCCACACCUGACUGUCCUCAGUAUGCCAGGCUUACUCCUGGGGUAUCCAUAUGUGGUGCUGGGAAUCGAACCCCAUGAGCAGCUUGCAAGACAAACACCUAACCUGCUGUACCAUCUCACUGGCCCUUUUGCGAUUAGUAUCUGUUUUCACAGCAUGGUUUGAGAGGAUCCCUGAUAAAAUUUUUGUAUGUGGAAAUUUAUGUCUGUUUGAGUUAGUGCCCCAGCAUGUGGUUUCUCCUGGAACAUGUUGAGAGAAGAGUGAAGAGAAGGAGGGAGGGACGGAGGGAGAUAAAGGACAUAAUGGCCUUUAUGGUUGAUCUAAUGACAGAAGUGGAGUGUUGAAGCCUCCCACAACUGUGUCCCUACCGAUGUUGGACUGUAUUUAGCACCAUGCAUCCCUUCACUCGUAUCCUCCCAUCACAGAGGUCACUGAGGAGAUGUCCCUUAGCCUCUGUGUCCUGGCUAUCGCUUAGAACCUUCACUGAACAAAAGAGUGUCCCCAGCACUGCAUGUCCCCACCCAGAGAAGCAGCAGGAGGAUGGAGUGCGGAAGGAUUUUGGCACCAGACUGGCUACUGGACCAACUUUUCAGUAUUUUUUAAGUACUUCAGCAACUCAACAGAAACACUUUUCUCCAGAUGUGGAGGAUCUACCCCCUUAUCUCAUGAUGGAUGAACUUUUAGGAAAACAGAGAAAAGUCUACCUUGAGACCUAUGGCUGCCAGAUGAAUGUGAAUGACACAGAGAUAGCAUGGUCCAUCUUACAGAAGAGUGGCUACCUGCGAACCAGUAAUCUCCAAGAGGCUGAUGUGAUCCUCCUUGUCACAUGUUCAAUCAGGGAGAAGGCUGAACAAACCAUCUGGAAUCGUUUGAAACAGCUUAAAGUCCUGAAGACAAAGCGGCCUCGUUCCCAAGGACCUCUCAGGAUUGGGAUUCUAGGCUGCAUGGCUGAGAGACUGAAGGAGGAGCUCCUCAACAGAGAGAGAAUGGUGGAUAUUUUGGCUGGUCCAGAUGCCUACCGUGACCUGCCUCGCUUGUUGGCUGUUGCUGAGUCAGGCCAGCAAGCUGCCAAUGUUCUGCUUUCUCUGGAUGAGACCUAUGCUGAUGUCAUGCCAGUUCAGACGAGCCCCAGCGCUACUUCUGCCUUUGUUUCUAUCAUGCGAGGCUGUAACAACAUGUGCAGCUAUUGUAUUGUUCCUUUCACACGUGGUCGAGAGAGGAGUAGGCCUGUUGCUUCCAUUCUAGAGGAAGUGAGGAAGCUUUCUGAGCAGGGAGUGAAAGAAGUGACACUUCUUGGACAGAAUGUUAAUAGCUUUCAGGACAAUUCAGAGAUCCAGUUCAACAAUACAGUCUCCGCCAACCUCAGCCGUGGUUUCUCCGCCAACUAUAAAAUCAAGCAAGGGGGACUUCGUUUUGCUUACCUUCUGGAUCAGGUCUCCAGAGUAGAUCCUGAAAUGAGGAUCCGUUUUACCUCUCCCCACCCUAAGGACUUUCCUGAUGAGGUCCUGCAGCUGAUUCAUGAGAGAGACAAUAUCUGUAAACAGAUCCAUCUGCCGGCCCAGAGUGGAAGCAGUCGUGUGUUGGAGGCCAUGAGGCGGGGAUAUUCAAGGGAAGCAUACAUGGAAUUGAUUGAUCAUAUCAGAGACUCGAUACCAGGUGUGAGCCUCAGUAGUGAUUUCAUUGCUGGCUUUUGUGGUGAGAUGGAGGAAGACCAUCUCCAGACAGUGUCUUUGCUUCGAGAAGUUCAAUACAACACAGGCUUUCUCUUUGCCUACAGCAUGAGACAGAAGACACGGGCAUAUCAUAGGUUGAAGGAUGAUGUUCCAGAAGAGGUCAAAUUAAGGCGUUUAGAAGAACUUAUUACUGUCUUCCGGGAAGAAGCUACAAAAGCCAACAAGACUGCUGUGGGUUGUACCCAACUGGUGCUGGUGGAAGGGGUCAGUAAACGCUCUGCCACUGACUUGUGUGGCCGGAAUGAUGGAAAUCUUAAGGUGAUCUUCUCUGAUGUAGAGAUAGAAGAUUCCACUAACCCUGGGAUCAGGGUCAGAGCUCAGCCUGGGGACUAUGUAUUGGUGAAGAUCACUUCUGCCAGCUCUCAGACACUUAAAGGACACGUUCUGUGUAGGACCACUCUGAAAGACUCUUCAGCAUAUUGUUGACCUCAGUGAUUGACCUCCAAGUUGACAAGAGCAUUUCUUCCUAACAGGAAGGGAAAAUGAGUGGUCACUAGUGAAAGCUUUGUACACUAGGUGCCAGUGGUGAUGAAAGUAAUGUGAAAUGGAAAUUGCAUCUGUUUAUUCUGUAAGAACAGCCUUUAUAAUUAUUAAAUUUACUUGAACUAAAGUUGUCCCUUUUUUCUCUACUUUUACUUCAUU